CCGUCCCGCUUCUCGGAAGCAUCCAAGAGCGACAACGCCCAAUUCGAUCUCACGACGGACCUAUUUCCCGAACCGAGCCAUGUUACCUUGAGCCAACACAAGCGAACCACGGAGAGGAAGUCACACCACAAAACAAAAAGAGAGAAAGAAAGAAGAAAAACACGGCUCAGUUGCGCACAAUCGCUUCGUGAUCAGAUCGAACCGAACGAGCGCUAUCAUGGGCUUCACCACUGGAUUCACCGGCGGCGUGACCGUGACCCUCGGCGUCGCCUACCUGACGGUCCUCGCCCACCAGCGCAACCGCGAAAGGCAAUCCCACAUCCUCCGCUCGCAGACCCACGUCCUAUCCUCCCUCCUUGAGCCCCAGGUCCGCAUCCCCCCGCCCCUGACGCGCUCCGAGCAGGCCGUCAAGGACCGCGAGACCAUCGUCACCACCGCCAAGGACCGCUGGAAUCGCGAGGUCCAGAACGCCGUCCGGUGGGCGCAGCGGACCGACUGGAACGAGGUGCGCGAGGGGCUCGAGAGCGGCGCCGCCAGGCUCUGGGGCGGCGCCAUCGACAAGGCCGGCGAGGCGGGGCAGGCCGUCGGGGACAAGGCCGCGCCGCUGGCAAGGGACGCGUCCGCGAGGGGCGCCGCCUUCGCGGAGGACACGGCCGACGGCGCGAGGAAGGAGGCGCGCAGCGCGUGGGAGCGCGCGAGGGAAAAGAGCCUUGCCGCCGAGGAGGCGGCGCGCGCCAGGGCCGUCGAGGCCAAGAAGUUUGUCGACGACAAGGCCGCCGAGGUCAAGGCCGCCGUGGGCGAGGCCGUCGAGAAGGGCAGGCAGCAGGGCGAGGCGGUGCUCGUGGCGGCGCAGCAGGCGGUGGGCGUGGCCGAGGACAAGAUCAGCGUCAAGGCAGACGGCAAGGUGCUCCCCGCGGCGUCGCCGGUGCAGAGGGCGCUGCACCAGCGGUACGAGAAGCCGAGCGGGCUGACCAAGUCGGUCAAGGAGGCCCUCGCCGAGCGGUACCAGCGAGUUGACGAGAGGGACAACACGCAGCUCAGGGGUAUCUGAGAGUGCCCUGUCGGAUGCAACAACGAAGAGUCAAAUGUCUCCCCGUGAGAAGAUGACGGGAAGCACGGGAGGAUCGGUAGAGGGUAUGAUGGAGGGCACCUGUACUACCACCACCAAACUACAAACUUAGAACGCGAAGUAAAACAAAGCAAAAACAGCAAGCCUUUUCCUUCUGCCGUGGACGAAU